AGAUAAAUGGUCAGACCUAACCCGAUGAGCCCAUCUACCCCCUCCCAAUUAUCACCAUUCCCCAUUCUCUGUAAUCUUCGCCGCUCCUUAUCUUGAGUCUGGUGUCUCUUUUCUCCGUCAAUCUAAAAACCUUAUUCUCUGAUAUCGGAAGGGAUGUAGAGACGGUGGUCCUCUCAAAGGAAGUUGUUUAUUGACUGGCUAGAUGUUCACGCCUUUUCUCUCCGAAAGGACAUGGGCUAGCUGUGUUUAUUUGAGGUAUGAGAGGACAGGAGAGUGGAGAGAUGCUUACCUCCCAAGCUAAAGCAAUCUUCAUGACCUUUUUACAACGGAGCAUAUGAUCGAUCCCUUUUUGACGGAGCACAUAUGUAACUUAUACAAUAUUAUUUGGAUCAUUUUUUGCAUUAAAAGGAUUUUAAUUAGACCAUUAUCUGGUUACAGACUAACCUAUGAAUCCAAGAAGCCAAAAAUCGACGAAUAUAAACAGAUACUCCGUAUGUAUAUAUAGCUAUAGGAAUGGUAAUGAAAUAGAAGUGGAGAGUGGUGUCCUUUAAAAGAUUUGGCACAUUUACCAAGAAAUUUGAAAAUCUUUUUUAAUGAGUACGGAGUAGCUAAUUGCAUAUCUUUAAAAGAUUUGGCACAUUAUCUGCUAGUGGAACAUUGACAACUGUGCCUAAUUUACCGCGCCUCUAGACUGUGUGGCAUGUUAAUCAAUAGGAAAAGGCUAUGUGUACACCAUUUGUGUACACCAUAUCUCCAGGGGAAAGCAGGGAGCGGGCAACUAACGGAAGACCAGCCCUUCUCCCAGAGUUCCUCCUUCGUCUUCCUCGUUCUUCCGUAGUGACAUCGCCUACUCGCCUUCCUCAAUCUGGUGCAUCGAUGGAUGAUUCAACUUGGUGGAGACUUCAUCCUUCAUCUUCUUCAAUCUUCUGCGCCCUAACCACCGUACAACAACAAACUAAAGCUUACUCCUCCAGCUAUUGUGUCUACUCAUAUUGCACAUGAAUCCCAUGAGAGUGCAAUUGGCAAAAAAUGGCAUCAUACUUAGCUUGGAGUAUCAAUUUGACUACACCAAAUCCUUCUCAAAGUUUGGUUAGGAGGUUAUCAGUGACAUAUAGGUGAUUCAAUAGCAAGCCUUUAUAUUUCAACAAAUAUAAUUAGGGAACAAUUGUAUGAGAGGAUUAUAUAUAUCGGAUUGUAAAACUCUUAUUAACUUUUUAAUAGUGAAAAGUAUUAGAAUUUAAUAUAUUUACAAGUCACUU